AUGGAGAAGUUCUCCAAGUGGAGGCCCUUCCUCCCCAUCCAGGCUCCUUCAGGCUCGCCAGCUCUCGCCGCCCUGCUACCCUUCAGCUGGCUCUUCGGCGUUGCGCGCGGCCUCCUCCUCGCGCUCUUGGGGUUGCUGUACUUCCUCAUCGUGCAGCUGAUUCUGACACCUCUCGGCGCCGUCGGGCAUCCGCUGGCCUCGCUUCUGACCGCGGUGCUUGCGCGCCUCGCGCUGGGCGUGCUCGGAUAUUUCUGGAUCCGCACCGAGACCGUCUCCGCGAAGCGGGGCAUGCGCGGGGUCAAGCAGGCCAUUCCCGCCGUGAAGCGCGGAGACCUCAUCAUCGCCAACUGGACCUCGCCCGUGGACGUGCUGUACUAUGCCUUCGGGUACAACCCGACCUUCCUUCUGCCCGUCUUCUCCUCCCCUGCCCUGGUGGACAGCGCCUUCGGCCGUGGCUCCGGUACCGGGUCCGCGUCCAUCCUCCCUCCUUCGUCUGAUUCGCGGUGCGUGGGCUAUGUCUCCCUUUCGCCCCUGUCCCUCAUUGCGAGGUCGGGCGAGCUGCCCCCCGUCGCGGCGGAUGUGGGGGGCCAGAAGGUCUACAAGACGCUAGCUGAGGCGCGGCGUGCUGCGUCCGGCCCCGUCGUGCUCUUCCCAGAGGGCACGACGAGCAAUGGCCGCGCCCUGCUGCGUUUCGGGGAGGGUGUCAUCAACGAGGAAGUUGGGAAGGACGGCAUGGUGUGGUGCAAGUAUAUCCGCCAUCCCGCCCCGACCGCCCUCACGCCGAGCGCGGCAGUGAGUGUGCCCGGCCCUUCGUCCCUCUUCCGCCUCAUCGCAGGGCUCCCCCUCCCCCGCGAAAUGGCCGUGCGGACCCUGCACCCCAGCGCCGCGCCGAGCAGCCCCUCCUUCCUCCCCAGCGAGGUGCUCAACGGCCUCCAGGGCGUGAAGGAGGAUGCGGCGUGGCGCGACGCGUGUGCCGUCGCGCUCGCCGAGACGGGCAAAGUGCGCCGUGUACCGGGCAUGGGAUGGGCGGAGAAGGCGAGCUUCCUGGCUUACUAUAAUGCGAGGAGGAGGCGGUAG